CAACUUUAAAUUUUUUAUAUAUGAAAAAAAUAAAAAUAAAUAUCCAACUUCAAAUUUCUGCUGCAGUCAAGCACAAAAAGAAAAAAUAAUCUGUUUCAGUGGCUAACUGUCUUACUUUCUUUGUUCAAUUAUUUUCCCUGAAAUGCAGGUCCUUUUUGGACUGGAAUAUGCACAUGCAAUACAGGAUAUUAAAGAAGCAUUUACAAUUCAAUCAUCAAGACCACAUGGGUCAACAUCCAAAUUAGAAUUAUAUUGUGCUGAUGUUAUGUGUUCAGUUAUGGAUCCAUCUGAAAAUGUCAAAACUUCCAGUUGGCACCUGGGGUUGGAUGCUAGUCUUGCUACUGAUCAAGGUUCUGGCAACACAAUUGGUACACUACAUAGCAUUGGCGGCUUGUCUUGGAGUUUACCUGAGGGACGUAGAAUAGAGGACUGUUUGCUUUGUUGGGUUGGUGCUGACAAUGCAGCCUUCGCAAAUGUUGUUCUGACAUUCAAUGGAUGUGAAAUAGAUACCGGAUCCUUCAGAUAUGAUGCAGCAGAAAAUCGCUUAGUGACUGAUGUAUCUCACCAGAGAAGGAUUCUGAAGUGUAGAUAUUACCUGGUUGAGAAGGCAAAGGAUGCUAACAUUAUUGGGAUAUUGGUAGGAACUCUUGGUGUAACUGGUUACUUGCACAUGAUUAAUCAGAUGAAGGAGUUGAUCACCAAAGCUGGAAAGAAAGUCUAUACUCUUGUUAUGGGAAAACCAAACCCUGCUAAACUUGCCAACUUUCCGGAGUGCGAUGUCUUCGUUUAUGUUUCUUGUGCACAAACUGCACUUUUGGAUAGCAAAGAGUUCUUAUCUCCUGUUAUUACCCCUUUUGAAGCCAUGAUAGCUUUCAGCAGCGGAAGUCAAAGGACAGGAGCUUAUGUGAUGGAAUUUCAGAAUUUGAUGACUUCAUUUCCAAUGGAAUCAAGAGACCAAUUGGAAGAAGCACGAUUUUCAUUCCUUCAAGGUGGAUAUGUAGAAGAUUUUGAACGGGAAGAGAUCAGUAAGGAAAAUGAAGAUGGAACUCUUGCCUUAGUGAAAGCAACGGAGAAGGCUCUUCAGGUGAGCAGCAAGGACCCUAAAUCUAUAAUCAAGGGAACAACUAAAUCUGGGGCAGAGUAUCUUGCAUCUCGAUCUUAUCACGGUCUUGACAUUCAAAGCCACAGUUCCUUGCUGGAGCCCUUUUCAAUUGGUAGAAUCGAGAAUGCUUCAGGGUAUGAGGAUGAGAAAAGCAAGCAAGAGAGCUUGUCAUGA